UGGAACAAACUAAAAUAACCUGCACAGUGCGUUGCCCUCAAAUCCUUAGUUAUAAAUACCCUCACAAACCGUUCCAACUCCCAUCCCACACCACCUUCUUCACCACUUGCACAACUCCAUCUUCCAACUUCUCUCAUCACUACCUCGAUCAUAAUCAAUCAUCUUCAACACUAAAAAAAAUAAUAAAAAUGGCAAACCCAACACCAAAACCUAGUCCUAGUCUUAUUAUCCUUCGUGUGAUCUUAGGUUGUUGGUUGUGUUCAUCCGUGGCAUUGGGAGCCACAUACAAUGUGGUCAAUUUUGGUGCCAAAUCGGAUGGCAAAACGGACUCAACCAAGGCAUUUCUCAAUGCAUGGGCCAAAGCUUGUGCUUCGACCAACCCAGCCUCAAUUUACGUGCCACAAGGAAAGUUCUUGCUUAAAAGUGCAACCUUCAAUGGGAAAUGUAACAACAAGGGUAUUUCUAUAACAAUUGAUGGCACUUUGGUGGCUCCUUCAGAUUAUAGGGUCACCGAAAACUCCGGUAACUGGUUGGAAUUCGAGCGUGUCAACGGAGUUUCGAUUCACGGCGGGGCGCUUGACGGCCAAGGCACUGCCUUGUGGGAUUGCAAGAACUCCGGCAAAGGAAACUGCCCCAGCGGAGCCACGACAUUGGCGUUCACCAACUCCAAUAACAUUGCCAUUGGUGGGUUGACCUCAAUGAACAGUCAACUGUUUCACAUAGUGUUUAAUGGAUGCCAGAACGUGAAGCUGCAAGGAGUGAAGGUCUUGGCCGAUGGAAACAGCCCCAACACCGACGGCAUCCAUAUCCAAAUGUCAUCACACGUCGCCAUCAUCAACUCCAAAAUUCGAACAGGCGAUGAUUGCAUCUCCAUUGGUCCUGGAACCACUAACUUGUGGAUCGAAAACAUUGCUUGUGGACCAGGACAUGGAAUAAGCAUUGGAAGCUUGGGAAAGGAUUUGAAGGAAGCUGGUGUUCAAAAUGUGACAGUUAAAACGGUUACAUUCACUGGAACUCAAAAUGGUGUUAGAAUAAAGACGUGGGGGAGACCCAGCAACGGAUUUGUGAGGAACGUCCUUUUCCAAGACGCAAUCAUGGAGAAUGUUGAAAACCCCGUUAUAAUUGACCAAAACUAUUGCUCAGAUAACAAGGGUUGCCCCGGUCAGGCUUCUGGAGUCAGAGUGAUGUGACAUACCAAGACAUUCAUGGAACAUCUGCGACCCAUGUUGCUGUCAAAUUUGAUUGCAGUUCCAAGUAUCCAUGUAGUGGGAUAAAGUUAGAGGAUGUGAAGCUCACUUACAAGAACCAACCAGCCCUGGCUUCGUGCAACCAUGCUGGUGGAGCAGCAUUGGGUUCAGUUCAACCCGAGAGUUGCUUUUAGUUUUAGAGCAUAAACUAUAUGCACAAAAUAAUAAAAAAUUACCAAGCAAAGAUUCUAAAUGGUAUCACUAUGAUUGUCCCUAGAGUCAUACGACAAGAUAGGCAAAUACAAUGUAUCACUAGUUUUUUUUUUUCUUGUUUAUGGGAAGUGUAUGUAUCACCAUAUGUUGUAGUUUGAGACGUUUGUGGCCCAUUGGGCUACGGUGGAGCCUGGUCUUGCAAUUGUUAUGGACCGUAUGUGCUCCGAUUUUCUAUUACAUGAUUG